AUGCUGGCGAACGACUUGUGCCGGCUUCUGCCGCUUCUCCCGUUUCCGUCGUCGGUCGAGCAAGUUCACGUGUACAGCAGAGCCCUCAGUGCGCGCAUUCGGGAGGAAGAAGAACAUCGUCGCCGGUUCAGAGAGAACGCGAGAAGGAAGAAGCGGAAGAAACGGACGGAACAGGCGCGGAUCUCCAUGUCGAAGCAGGGAUAUUUCUCUUCCGAGUCGUCUUCCUCCUUUUCCUGUCCCUGGGCUUCCAGCGGUCAGUCGAGGCCUGCAGAGAAGGACGCAGCUGCUUGCGACCGAAACGAGGGAGAGGCCGAAAGAGAAGACAGCCGCUUCAAAUCGGCACCUCCGACGCUUCCGGCGGCCCUCCACGCGCUGCGGUUGCGAAAGAGUCCACUGGCGCCGAGCAGCUUGCAUGCACCGACAAAGGCAGCCGAGGAGGCUGCAUGCGAGAGCCCGGAAAAGGGCCAGGAAGAAGGCGGAAACGAACAGCGUGUCUUUCCUGCUGAGAACCAGUCGGUCGCCUCUUUGUCGUCGCGUCCGCCGCUUCAGGGAUCUCCGCUCUGGACCAGUCGAAGCAGGGUGGAAACCUUUGGGUCUCUUUCGUUCACCCCGGAUAAGGCUGUGGCGAGUGCACUUCUUGUUCUGGUUCUUCGCCGCAUCUCUCUGAGGCUUGAAAAGAAACGCGGCGGAAGUCACCUCGACGGCGUGUCGCCUCGCUCGGUGUCCGUUCUCGCGAACGCCGUCGCCCUCCUCUGCACGGCGACUCUUCCGCAGCUUCUGGACGAGGCAGCGCAGGCGGCGGGGGCGGCGCGACGCGACAGCCGCCUCUCCACGCUGUCGAUGCUCCCCAGUGAAGUCGCGAGCGAAGUCGAAGCCGGAGACACGACAGAGGGAGCAGACGAAGGGACGGAAGAGAGUGAGAGGCAGCGAGAGAAGCAACGGAGGACGCAAGAAGAGAACAGAAACAUGGGAAGACGGCCGGAGAUCGACAGGGGUUGCGAGGAAGACAGGCAGGCAAUAGGGGCUGUAUCUCCAGAAGGGAAGCGUGGUGCAGAAGAAGGAGACGCGCAGAAGCUGCCAGGCUUCAGAGGAAAGACAGGGACUCUGCACGUCCCUCGUGCAAGCAAGGUUCAGUGGAGAAGAGACGAGGGGAGGCAGGAACAAAUACACGCCUCGGCUUGGACAUUUGCGGCAAAAGCAAACGACGCAGGCCGUCGAAGUGUCAUCGACCUCUCGUCUCAGCCAAACGGUCAACUGUUCUGCCGUGCCUUCUUCUCUCCCGACUCUCCCUCUCUUCAAGACAACUCGUCCCUGCGUUCUGCCGCUUCGCUCUCUCUCCCGUCAUCCUCUUCUUCUCCAUCUCCGUCGUCCUCAGCCCCCGGCGAAGAUUGCCCAGAAAUGUUAACAGCCCGCCUCGCCGCGAUGGCGAGCACUGCGGGACGCUGUCUCCUUUUCGGAGAGACAAAGAAUGGAGAAGAAAGUUUCCUGAUCCAGUCGUGCGUAAGGCAACUCGAGAUCUUCAAAGGCAAAGAUGCAACCAUGCUUCUGCAGGCACUCGUUCGGCUGCACGCUGCUCCCGUGUGCGGCGGAGCGAACCAAGGCAAACCUGGAGAGAUGAAAGCGGAGGUGGCAGAGGAAAGGCGCGAAGGAGGCACAGAAAGAACGAGCCAAGAUGUUGAAAAACUCAAAGAGACCGUGGACAAAGUCGACGUCCGCUUGCAGUCCACCGCCUGGAGCGUUCUUGCCCAGAAGUGA